AGUAGUGUGUCAUCUUCAUCCAAUUCGGCUCACCAAGAACACAGCUAAAAAUGAAGAAACAAGGUCGCCAGCAUGGUAUGGUCCGAGCCUUCCCCAUCCUGUCGACUCCACGGAACACACGUUCCAGGUCCAGGAACCUCAAUGAGCUAAGCUCAUCCCCAACUGCCGGCCUCUUCACCAAGGUCUCCCCCAAGCCCACCAACCAAUCCCAGUUCAUCGACAAGUGCGGCCGCCCCAGUUGCCGCAACUGCCACAUAUGUCCAGCUGCUAAGUCCAAGGACAAGCUUAAGGGAGCACAGAAGAUGCGAUCAUCAUCGUUGGAUUACAGAUUGAUCGCCUGGAGGGGGAUGGACCCCGAGUCUGGCAAGAGGUUUUCAUGGUCUUCUGCCACCGGCGUGUUGGACUAUUUGGCUGGUGAUGACAUAUAUUGUUGUUAUGAAGCUAACUACAAUAAUGAUGAUGAAUCUUAUGAACACGAAAUCGAAGAAGUUGAUGAGGAGGAGGAAACGAGUUUCUGUGAGGUGGGAUUAUUUUGGCAACUGGUGGAUGGUGAUGAAAGUUGGUGCUUGGUGAAGAACCAUGAUUAGCUUUGAUUUGAUCUGAUUAGUUGUAUGUUAACCGUUAACAAAUCCCACUUGCUUCUUCUACAUGUUUAUUAUUGUUUGUCAAGAUACCAAAUUAUUCGGCAACUGCUAAUAACUUAAUGGUUCACUGAGGUGUUAUAUGCAUUCUUGAA